AAAAAAAAAUCAUUUAAAAAAUAAUAAUAAAACUAAAAAUUAAUUAAUUAAAAAGGAAAAAAAUAUCAGCUUUAUCACCAAGGACUGUGAGAGAACAUAGCUCAGGACAUGGCUUCUUGCCAUUGAACCCCAUAAAUAGACACUUACUCAUUAGCACACAGGCAGUGUUAUCCCAAACAAAAGGGAAGGGAAAGGCACGCUCAGAGUACUAAUUUUCUAUUGCUGCCACACUACCAAAUUACCACACCUACUUAUUAGCUCAGAGUUCUGUAGGUCAGAAGUCCAGUUGGGCUCAACCACGUUCCCAGCUUAGGGACUCACGAGGCCAAAAACCAACCAGUGUUGGACCGGCCGACUCUCAUCUGGAGGCUUUAGGGGAAAAUAUUCUUCGAAGCUUCUGCAGGUUGCCGGCAGAAUGCGGUUCCUUAAGGACUGCGAGAUGGGGUCCUGCUUCAAUGCUGGCAGUCAGCCAGGGGUCACCUACAGAGACUGCUCUCCGUUCCUGCACAUGGCUCCCUCCAUCAUCCAGCCAACGAUGCAGGCACAUCGGAUCCCUCUCUCUACCUCUUUUCCGCCCCAGCCUGAGAAAACUCUGCUUUUAAAGAUCUCAUGUGAUUAGAUCAGGCCUCCAGAAUAAUUGCCCUUUUGGUUGACUCGAAGCCAACGGAUUGGUAACAUCAGUCACAUCAGAAAAAUUCGCUUUGCCACGUCACAUGGCCAGGGCGUGACAUUUCCUCAUAUUCGCUGUCCUCCAGAUUCGGGUGGGAAGUCUUGAGGGUCUGUUUUAGGGUUCUGCCUCCUGUGCCUGGUUUCUAUUCCCAGAGCUACUAAGCAAGCAAUUCAGUCUUUUAUGGUGGAGGAUGAACGAGGUUGGGGCAAGAGGCCAAGAGUUUUAUAACGAAGAAUGUCACUCCACAUAGAAACCAGAAGCCAGGGAAGAGUUGGUCCCAUUACUUGGCUCUUACGCACCCCACCCUCGAUACACUCAAAUAGCUAUAACAUAAAGUAAAAUAUAGUCCAAGGGUCACCCAGAGGACACGGAGACCAUGAGGAAGAGUAUAUUUGGCCCUUGAGGGAAAAUUUCACCCAAGGCACAGGGAUCUGAGCCCACUCCAAGAUGGGAAUGAAGGGUAGUCCUUAAUCCUGCAGGAGAGCGCAGAAGAGCUCGCUCUGAAGCUGGGGUGCGUAGGGCAUGUGUUCUGUGACCACGUCUGCAGAGCAGUGGUAUGGGAGAUUAAUCUGGAAGUACUACAUGAAAUUAAUAGAAGCCCCUUUGUGGGAGACCUUUGCAGGAGAUCUGGUGAGAAGUCAUGAGAACUUGAACCAGAAUGAUGGCAAUAGGGAUAGAAAAAGGAGGGUAAAUUACAACGAAGAAACCAAAAAGAGGACUUGGCAGCAGACUGGAUGAGGUCAAAGGCAAAUCCGUGGAUCCCACCCUGGAGACCGGAGGGUGAAAAGAGCGAGAAGAGCCGGGUUGGCGCGGGAGCUGAUGGGUCUGAUCGUCAGUAAAAUGCACACGAUAGAUGUUAAUUUUCUCUCAUGUCUUCAACACACCGGCGCACGCGCACGCACACAUCUCAACUUUGGGCCUUCCCUUUCCCUGCCACCCCCCUUUUCCCCUCCCUCCUCCAACAGGCACCUAGCUCCCCCCUCCCUCCAUGCAUUCACUGCCCCAUCCUCUGCUCCACUGAAUGUCUUCUAGCAAAAGUUACCACGGAUCCUCUAGGGACAAAUCCAAUGUCAUUGUUUCAGUCCUCAUCCUCAUUGGCCCCUCCUUGACCUUGGCCUUUGAGACUCAUGCCUUUCCUCUCAAAACUCCCAUCUUCUUUUGUUUCAAACACCCUAUUCUCCUCUUUCUCUACCUGGCUCAAUCCCCUUGGUCGGUCCAGGUCCAUCUUUUUCUGAUCAACCCCUUAGAUGUUGACAAUCUCAGAUUCUGUCAGCGCUCCCUUCUCCCCGGACACUGUCUCGGCAAGAUGUGAAACCACCACAGAUGUGUGACGAUUCUGCACUCGUUACUUGUACCCUAGACCUCUGCCCUCAACUGCUGUUUUCUCCACCAGCACCUACAGCUCUGUUCUGUACAUCCAAAGCCAGAUCCUCGGGUCGACCUCCAAACCCUUCCUCCUCUGGUCUUCCCUCCCGCUAGUAAUGGCACCUGGGCCGGAAGCAGGAGAGACUCCUCUCCUCCCCUCUGCGGCCAUCUCUUCCAUCUCCAUUGUCCCCACCUUAAUGCAGAUGUUCACAAUUCCUUGUCCGACAACUGCAGUAGCUCCCCCGUUCCUCAUCUCUACCCCCUCCUACUCACCCAUCCACCUCUGACACAUUUACUUCCCUCAAACAGGUGUUAAUCACGAUGUUCCCCAGACUUCAAGGCUCUGAUAGAACCCAGUGGCCUCAGGUUGAAAUGCAAAUUUCUGCAGGUUUAUAAGCCGCCUACGACCUGUGUUCAUGUCUGCCAGCACUGUGUCCUCUAAUGUGUACACGGAAUGAAUCCAUCUAGAGAUGUUCACGAUGCCAGCACGAGCCGCCGCUUCACGCCGCCUUCCACCGCGCUGAGCCCGGGCAAGAUGAGCGAGGCGCUGCCGCUGGGCGCCCCGGACGCCGGCGCCGCCCUGGCCGGCAAGCUGAGGAGCGGCGACCGCAGCAUGGUGGAGGUGCUGGCCGACCACCCCGGCGAGCUGGUGCGCACCGACAGCCCCAACUUCCUCUGCUCCGUGUUGCCCACGCACUGGCGCUGCAACAAGACCCUGCCCAUCGCUUUCAAGGUGGUGGCUCUGGGGGAUGUCCCAGAUGGUACUCUGGUCACUGUGAUGGCAGGCAAUGACGAAAACUACUCAGCCGAACUGAGAAAUGCCACCGCAGCCAUGAAAAACCAAGUUGCAAGAUUCAAUGACCUCAGGUUUGUCGGUCGGAGUGGACGAGGGAAAAGCUUCACUUUGACAAUCACGGUCUUCACGAACCCACCACAAGUUGCCACGUACCACAGAGCCAUCAAAAUCACAGUGGAUGGACCCCGGGAACCUCGAAGACAUCGUCAGAAACUAGAUGAUCAGACCAAGCCCGGGAGCUUGUCCUUUUCCGAGCGGCUCAGUGAGCUGGAGCAGCUGCGGCGAACAGCCAUGAGGGUCAGCCCACACCACCCAGCCCCCACACCCAACCCUCGGGCCUCCUUGAACCACUCCACUGCCUUUAACCCUCAGCCUCAGAGUCAGAUGCAGGACACAAGGCAGAUCCAGCCGUCCCCACCGUGGUCCUAUGACCAGUCCUACCAGUACCUGGGAUCAAUCGCCUCGCCUUCCGUACACCCAGCAACACCUAUCUCGCCUGGACGGGCCAGUGGCAUGACAACCCUCUCCGCAGAGAUUUCCAGUCGACUCUCAACGGCGCCCGACCUGACGGCCUUCGGCGACCCGCGCCAGUUCCCCGCGCUGCCCUCCAUCUCAGACCCUCGCAUGCACUACCCCGGCGCCUUCACCUACUCCCCGACGCCCGUCACGUCGGGCAUCGGCAUCGGCAUGUCGGCCAUGAGCUCGGCCACGCGCUACCACACGUACCUGCCGCCGCCCUACCCCGGCUCGUCGCAGGCGCAGGGCGGCCCCUUCCAGGCCAGCUCGCCCUCCUACCACCUGUACUACGGCGCCUCGGCCGGCUCCUACCAGUUCUCCAUGGUGGGCGGCGAGCGCUCGCCGCCGCGCAUCCUGCCGCCCUGCACCAACGCGUCCACGGGCUCGGCGCUGCUCAACCCCAGCCUCCCGAACCAGAGCGACGUGGUGGAGGCCGAGGGCAGCCACAGCAACUCGCCCACCAACAUGGCGCCCGCCGCGCGCCUCGAGGAAGCCGUGUGGCGGCCCUACUGAGGCCCCCGCGGCGGCCGGCGGGAGGGGCGCC